UGUCUAAAUAGUGUGUACAGUUAAAUCUUAGAGUGAGCAGGAAGGAAAAGGCUAAUUAUUACUUAGUUAUUGAAAAAUAUUGACACCGUUACUGACGGCGUGAUUAGAAAUCGCUAUAAUUACAUAGCAAUUACUCUCAUAACACUACGUUAAUUAUUCGUAACACAGCAGUGCGACGAGAGGUAAAAAACACUGAUGAUUCACAAUAUCAAUUACGGAUAGCGGGCUUAUUGGUUACAAGCCAACUUGAAAAGGUGUUCUCUUCACCCUACAUGGCGCGUGUACACUCACCACACCAAUUAUCUCUUUCUACUGUAAAAUUUCUAUGUCGCAAAACGUCGAUCUACCAUCUUUUAGAUGCUCUAGACAAGAAACUAAAUGUGCUACAAAACUACAAAACGGGACAUUUCCAUAUUUAGAAUCCACUCCAUAUUCUCGUUUUUCUAUUUUUCUUACACACUUUUCAAAUCUUGAACAAACAGCGUAUGAAAAUGAUACAAAAAAGCGGAUUAAAAAACACCACGCUGAUUGCUAGAAUGCGGUUUUCUGCUUCGCACCGCAUUAAUUAUUAAAUGUAACGUAAAUGCAGUUAUCUCUUGCCUGUUUCUCUUUUGUUUCUGUGGAAAAAAAUGUUUUUGUUUCUUUCAGCGACUGACAAUGAUGUUUUUAUCCUCUUAAAUGACGAUUACAUCCUGUUUCAUUUCACUGUUGCCGAUUACGGUGUACUCAAUGUAAAUAAUAGUUUAUUUAGACCUCUUGUGCCACGCAGUCAUUUAUAAUAAGGCAUACUUCCCUGAUCUCUGCACGUAAUCAAAAGAACGUUCAUUCUCUUUAUUCUAAACAUGUAGUCAUUUUUUCCAGAGAAUGCAACAGUAACAAAAGACUUCUAUUCCAACUCGCAAGUCACAAAUCUUAGACUGGUUUUCUAAUAGAGAAUAAUCUUCUAUUCAGAGAAUGUCUAUGGUUACGGGUAGGGAUUUAUAAUAUACUAUUCUGGCUACUUUUAGUUGUGAUACAAGAAAAAUAUAGAUUUGUAGACAUGAUAGGAAUUGUCGGCAAACCAGCAAUGCGAAUUGUUUUUCAAGACUAUAGCACUCUCUAUUUUUAUAGUUUCAUAUGAGACAGUACUGUUACUUUUAGAUCAAUUUCAGAAAUGUAUGUCCUUCGAUUUCCAAAUUGAGAUCACUCUUAAAACUAAUUAAUAAUCCUGUUAAAGAAAAUGAUGUCAAACAUGAAGUCUUGUUAUCUCAACUCGUUAUACUUUUAGCUAGUCAAAAUGUCGGAAUUAGCAUCAUUAUCGACAACGUCAGUAAUUCCACUGAACAAUGUCACGACUAAUACAAAUUUUACAGGAUUUAACGCUACUCAUUAUAUUGACUUUUUUUUUAAGUAUAUUUAUUUAUUACUUGUUGUUAUUGUUGGUUGUAUCGGUAAUCUAUUUGUCAUUAUUAUAUUUGGACAAAAAACGUUGAGAACUGGUUCAUCCGGCAAUAGCGUUAGCGUUUAUCCAUUUUUAUUGUAUAUGGCUAUGUCAGACACUCUCUAUUUAAUAAUAUUAUUCUUGUUAUGGUUAAGUAAUUUCGUCAAUAUUUUACAUCGUCCCGUUAUUUGUCAAUUGACACUUUACUGUACGUAUGUUUGUAAUUUCAUAAAUGCCUAUUAUACCGUAUCGUUCACUGCUCAACGGUUAUUUGCUGUGACAAAACCAUUUAGAGCCAGUGAUGUUCUCUCAUGUUACAUACUAUUUCUAGUAACUAUUGUACCAGUGCCGGGUAGUAGUAAAAAAAUGUGUUUUUCUCGUAACUCUACUCGAUGGAUCAAUGAAUUGAUGGACAUCGUAGACUGUUUUGUUGUGUUUGUAAUACCCUAUGUGAAUGUCAUCACUAUGAACAGUAUUAUGUUGUUUACACUUACGUACGGUAUGAAACGUGAAAAUUUUGGUUUUGGUGAAACGAAAAUAAAUCACGUGAAUAAAGCACGUGAAAUAACACGUCGAAAUGCGAGUAGAAGAAUGACAAAAUUAUUAUUAACCGUAUCAACUUCAUAUCUAAUUGUUUGUGGUCCCUACUUCUUUACUCAUACAUGGAGAUUAUUACGACAUAAUAAGACAAAUGGCAAGCUUUUAAAUACAUUAGAAGGUUAUUUUCAUUAUAUUCAUCAUAUUUCUUUUGCCAUGAAUUUUUAUAUUUAUAUCGCUUUUGGCGCCAGAUUUCGACGUGAAUCAAAACGUCUAUGUUCUAAAUGGAAAUUAACGCUACUUAGAAAUACAAAAAAAUCAAAACAAAUUCAGCAACAUCAGAACUAUCAUUGCUAUGGUGGACAAAGCUCAGAGCCAUUUGAGAAAGGCGAUUUACUAGAACAAAUGUACACAUCAUCAAGAACACUUUGUACUAUGGCAAAAAGAGGAACUUAUUGCACAUUAAGUACCAAAGGACGGUCACCACAUAGAGAGAAUUGA